AUGGACUCCGACACCGGCCCCAUGUCAACCGAGGACUACGUGCACGACCUCUCCAGUCUAGAUCUCGAGCACUUGGAGGAAGUGGUCAAACAAGAAACCGCCAAAAUUGCCGCCGCGAGUGCUGGUAACCACAACUGCCGUCAAAUGACUGAUAAUCACAUAAAUUCAUCUCAAAAUUGUCCAAACGAUCAACAGUUAAGACUCGUUCACAACGUUAUGUCCAACGGAGGACUUCCCGAUCAUAGGAAGCAACAAAUAGCUUUGGCCGCCAAUACUCCCGGCACUCCUCCUAACACUAGUUCUCCGUCGGGAACCGGAAACUCAUUGUCGCCCUCACCUGCCUUUGCAGGCAAUAUGACCAGUCCUGUGAUCGCACAGGCGGCCAUCGAUCCGUGCAAUAAGCAUAAUAGCAUUAUAGAUGACAGCAAUGGCAUGAAUAUGUCCUGGCUCACCGCACAACUCAGAUAUGGAACCAAUGGAGUGAUUGGCAGCCAAGAGGGACCACUUGACCUCAGAGGUCAAUGCGGUCAAGAGAUAGAGAACCCGUGGCUCUCGCCUAAUAUGAGGCGCGAAUACGUGGAGAUGCAGACAAAUCACAGCAAUUCUCACGUCAAUCCAGUAUCUCCUGUAAUGCACAGUCGACUCAUGCAAACUAUGGUUAACCCAAAUCUAGUGAAUAACUCAAUAGACAUGCACCCGACACAACACCCCCAACACAGUCAUCACAAUCAGUUACAUAACGGACACUCACAUCACUCUAAUUCGCAAAUCCAUCACUCAUUUCAUAGUCACGGCAUUAGCGGUCAACACAACCACAACAGCAGUGACUGCAACAGCGUCUACACAAACAGCGGCUCUAAAAAUGAUAAUCUAAAUGAUGAACAACUCAUUAAUCUGACGGUUCGAGAGCUUAACAAAAAACUUCACGGCUUUCCGCGCGAAGAUGUGGUGAAAAUGAAGCAAAAGAGGCGAACCCUUAAGAACCGCGGAUACGCUCAGAACUGUCGGACCAAACGGUUGGCACAGAGACACGAAUUGGAGGCAAAGCUGCGAAUACAGCAAAACGAAUUGGGAAGGAAUCGGUACGAGUGCGAGAAGUUGAGGGUCGAGACCGACAAAAUGAGGCUCAACUUUGACAAACUUCGACAGGCUUACGAUAAGGUGUGUCAGGAAAGGGACUUUUAUCGCCAACAGCUCGCACUCAAACAACAGACAGGUAUUAGUGUCACACAAACCACUCAGAGUCAGCAGAUUGUGGUGACCGGAGCGGCCGCUAAUACGACCCCCACUCAGGCCAACGCUCGCAACACUCGACACCCCGAGUGCUCAGCCGGCUCUCUGUCGAGCGUGUCAGCCGGCAGUACCCCCUCAUCGCCUGAGUUCUACCUGUGA